CGUCGCCUCCAGAGUGUUUUUGGCCAUGGGGUUGCAGGAGGUGUGCAGGUUCGGGUCGAGGUUUAAUUCUGUCAGGAGGACCAAUAUCAUUCUGCAACAUUUGAGAAUGACCAAGCACACAGAUGCUGCAGCAGAGGUGCUGCUGGAGAAGAGAGGAUGUGCAGGAGUGAUAACAUUGAACAGACCCAAAUUCUUAAAUGCCCUGAACCUUAGUAUGAUUCGGCAGAUUUACCCCCAGUUAAAGAAAUGGGAACAAGAUCCUGAAACUUCCCUAAUCAUUAUAAAAGGAACCGGAGAAAAGGCUUUCUGUGCUGGGGGUGACAUAAGAGCUGUUUCAGAAGCUGCAAAGAACAGACAGACGUUUUCUCAAGAUUUCUUUAGAGAAGAGUAUAUGCUGAACAAUGCAAUUGAGUCUUGCAAGAAACCGUAUGUUGCAUUUAUUCAUGGAAUUACUAUGGGUGGGGGAGUUGGUCUCUCAGUUCAUGGACAGUUCCGGGUGGCUACUGAAAAGUGUCUUUUUGCCAUGCCAGAAACAGCAAUAGGAUUAUUUCCUGAUGUGGGUGGAGGUUAUUUCUUGCCAAGACUUCAAGGAAAACUUGGUUACUUCCUUGCAUUAACAGGAUACAGACUAAAAGGAAGAGAUGUCUUCAAAGCAGGAAUUGCUACACACUUUGUAGAUUUUGAAAAGCUUGGUAUGUUAGAAGAAGAAUUGGUAAACCUAAAAUCUCCUUCAAAAGAAAAUAUUGCAGGUGUCUUAGAAGCAUACCAUACAAAGUCUAAGAUUGACCAAGACAAAUCUUUUAUAUUGGAAGAACACAUGGACAAAAUAAACAGUUGUUUUUCGGCCAAUACUGUGGAACAAGUUAUUGAAAACUUAAGACAAGAUGGCUCACCUUUUGCCUUAGAGCAGUUAAAGGUAAUUAAUAAAAUGUCGCCAACAUCCCUAAAGAUCACACUAAGGCAACUUAUAGAGGGGUCUGCAAAGACUUUGCCAGAAGUAUUAACAAUGGAAUAUAGGCUGAGCCAAGCAUGUAUGGCAGCCCAUGACUUUCAUGAAGGGGUGAGAGCAGUGCUAAUAGAUAAAGACCAUAAUCCAAAGUGGAAACCAGCUGACCUAAAAGAAGUUACUGAUGACAAUUUGAAGAAUUAUUUUAAAUCUCUGGGAAGCAAUGAUUUGAAGUUUUGA